AUCGGAACAGUUUGAAAGCAUCUCUGUCCAGAGCUAUAUUUUAGCCAUCUGCUAAAUUUGAUUAGACUUUAUUUUUCUGCUAAAUGUGAACAAAUAAUUCAAAAGCAUUUUCAGGCUUGCAUGUACUUACAUUAUGGUUGUUUCAAGAAUGGAAGACUAUUUUCCUGUGACCUUAAAUCAGUUUGUAGUAACUUGCUUCUAGGUAUUUACAGUCAGAUCACAGGAUCAGCCAAAUGUACUUCCUUGUGAUGUAGAAUUUGGAAUUGAUUUAUGUGGUGAUUAGAUACCUUGUCAGUGCUGAGUUUAGGCCCACGCAACAGCUCAAACACGUAAAUUGUUCAGAACUAAUCACUUUCUGCACGGGUGUCUUGAGGCUCCAGUGAUGCUGUAGCUGGAGGGCCCACAUCAGGAUAUAAAACCAGGGGAUGCUGCUCUGAACCACCAGCAGACUACUGGGCUAGUUUCAUUGCUUCCUGCAGUAUCUACCACUGAAAGAACAGCUAACAUCCAGAAUGGAGUAUCACAAUGCUGCAGAGAUGAACGGGUCUGACGACUAUCUGAACAUAUGCAAACAUAAUAAUUUGUGCAGAGAAGAGAACGACUCCAAUGAUUCUGCUGAUGCUAACAAGCUGUCUCACAUUGAGAAAGCUUACAGCACCAUCCUGAGCGAGCUGGGCGAGGACGUGGACCGGGAGGGACUCCUACGAACGCCACUACGAGCCGCCAAAGCCAUGCAGUUCCUCACCAAGGGCUACAAAGAAACCACUCAAGAUAUCUUAAACGACGCCAUCUUUGAUGAAAACCACGAAGAGAUGGUGAUUGUCAAGGACAUUGAGCUGUUUUCUCUCUGUGAACACCAUCUGGUGCCCUUCUUUGGCAAGGCUCAUAUAGCAUACCUCCCAAACAAGAAAGUGGUCGGCCUCAGCAAGCUUGCUAGAAUUGUUGAGAUCUACAGCAGGAGGCUUCAAGUUCAGGAGCGUCUAACCAAACAGAUUGCUGCAGCCAUCUCUGAGGCGCUGCAGCCUGCUGGGGUCGCCGUGGUGAUUGAAGCUGUCCACAUGUGCAUGGUGAUGAGAGGUGUUCAGAAGAUGAACGCCAGCACUGUUACCAGCGUCAUGAUGGGAAGAUUUAAUGACGAUCCCACGACCAGGAAGGAGUUCCUGGACCUCACAAUUAAGAAGUGAAACGUGUUUCCAUGGGCAGACAAUGUAAACACACAAUCAGCUGUUGACUGGUGCAUCUCAGCCAGCUGAGCGUUGGUGGUGACUCAUCUGCAGCUGAUAUUUUUGUAUUUGUCUCUGUCAAAACCUUCAUUUUGUGUUUACGAUUUUAUUGUCAUACAAAUACUUACAAUUUACUAUUAAAUUGUCUAUUUCUGUUGAUUUUAUGCCACAGUGGUGCUGUUGUUUUGGCUUUGAAACAAGACAAGACCAAUAAAUCUUUAA